AUGAUGAAUUGGGUUCUCGUCCGAACAUGAAAACUUUUCCUACCCCAAAACCAACACGGAUUUGCUUCCAUUGCUGCAAAGUUUCUCAUAUGGAAAACACAGCACCAAGGCAAAGUUUGCGGGUAAGAAUAGAGAUUAUUUUUACUAAGUGAGCAGGCACCUUCCGCGUAGCAAACCUGUGCACUAGGGACUCGCGCCACUUAUGAACCCCUCGCGUUUUGCCCGAAGAGGAAGGGCGGACGCGUUGCGUUGUGGUGCCCAGGUGUGAAGCCGCUACGCGCCGGCCCGGUUUAUCGGAGCCCGCUGAAAGCAAGGGGGGGCGUUUGCAUUGCCAGCUGCCCUCCGCCGCCCCCUUCGGGGCGAAAAGCGACCGAAGCCCCACCCUGGCCGAAUUGGUUGGCGCCGGCCGCACGGUUUUGGUAGUGUGCCCGCCACGCCUCCUUUGGUUUGCGCUGGUGCGGCGAAGGUGGUCGCCCGAAAAGACGGGGGAAGGAAAUAGCUGCCGAGAAAGCCGCCCGGAAGGGCGCGUGGUGGCGUCUGCUAAUCUCCCCGGCGCCACACGGUUGCGCCCCGAAGGGUCGGCGCCGCCAGCGACGGCGCCCCCUGUUUUUAGCAUGGCGGCUGGUCGGCUGGCCGCGGGGUAUCGCCCCGCGUUCCCCAUUCCCGGUCCGCUUUUUUUUGGUCGGCCACCUUUUUGUUUUGCUGGCAUACCCGCUCGGCUCCUGCCCCACACCCAGCCUGCCCCGCAUGGGCAGCCCGGCCUGGGUUCCCUGGUCCGCGGGGCCCCUGCGCCCCCCGGCCCUCUGUUUCCGUGGGAGCGCCCGCGCGCGCGGCCGCGCCUGUUGCGUUAUCGUUCCUAGCGCCACGGGCGGGGCGCCUCUCAACAUGCGCCCAACCCCUUCUGCGUGGGCGCCCGGGGAUUGUCCGGCGCCGGCGCAUUUGCUAAGGCCAAGGCCGCCACCGCGCGGCGCCGCGCCGUCUGCCCGUGCGGCGGCUUUCGGAGGCGAAGUCGCCGGCGGGCCCAAUGUCGCGCCGCCUCCUGGCGGGCUCGCGGCCCCGCCGUUUUACGGCAGCCGACCGAUGGUCGGGCGGCGGGCCGCGGGGCCGGCGCGGCACUCCGGGGCCCCUUCGUCUGGCACCGGCGCCGGCCUCCCGUCCCGCCCCGGCCCCCUGGCUACGCGCGGCGCUAGCCGGGUAGCUUGGCGGCCGGGAAGGGGCUUCCUGCUUUCCCGCGCUUGUUAUUUUCGCGCGCCACCCCCAGCCGGCCGCCCGCCGCCUCGGUUUGUGCUUUGCCGGCGCAAUUGCCCUGCCCUGCACUCUUCUCCCCUUCCGCAUUUGGCCUCGCCCUUUGCCGCACCUGCAGCCGGCCUCGCAGGCCGACCGCCGCCCGCGCCCGGUCGGCUGCCCGCCGUGCGGGCAGCCGCUGGCCCGGGCCGCGCGAGGCACCCGCUUGGCUUUGAAAGAGAAGAGCCCGCGCCCCAUCGCGACGGGCCCGCCCGGGAAAAGAGGCCGCGCCCUUUGUUUCUUUCGCUUCGGUUGCCAGGAGCGCCGCCCGCGCGCCUUUUUGCCGCGACGACGCCAGCAGCGGACGGGUUCUGGCGGACCCAUUUCAGCGCGCGCUUGCAGCGGAAGCGGCGCGGGGGGCUUUUUGGGUGUUGGCAUGGCGGGGCGGGGUUUUAACAGGUUCCGGGCGCACCGGGCCCGGGCUUUGGCGGCCCCGGGCGCUGGGGCCUUGCGGCUAAAGCAGGGCAGUCCGAAGCCGCCGGCCCCACCGCUGCAAACCCGAAGCCGCGGCCGCCGGCGCGGCGGGCCCCUUCGCCGAAGGCACGGAAGCCGCCGGCCCCGAAGCUCGGGGGCCCCGCGCGGUAGAUCGCGGCACUUGCGGCGCGCUGGCUUGGCCCGAACAUAAUGGCCGCGCCCGGGUCCGGAUCCGGAGUCGGGUGCGUUUUGGGGAAGGCAGGUAGGGCCCUACGCCCGGGGCUGCGACCGGGGUAGCAAGGCCGAGGGGGCUCGGGCUCGGGCUGCCCGGGGGUGCCGGGGCAAGCUGGCACCAUUGAAGCCCCGGCGCAGUUUCGGGGUCCGCGGUUUCUGGGUGCCUGCCCCUUUGCCUAUUUCUUAAAAUCUCGCACGCCCCUACCGUUCGGGGCGGCCCCGUGCGCCGGCGCCUUCUUGGCGCGAGGCGCGCACGCUUGCAAGGAGCGCGGGGCGUUUUUGGUUUCCUUGAUUUUGAAGCACGUAGCGCCCGGGAAUAGCUGCGCCACUUGGGAAAUUGCAGGAAGCACCGGGGCGCACCCCGUUCGCGCCCCGCCGAGGGUUUUGCGGGCGCGGUUGCGCAGUGCGCGAGGCGCCAGGCUUUGCGGAUGUGCCUCCGGCAAUGGGGCCUGCCCCCGUCCCGGGCCGGACGCGCACGGCGCUGCGCGUAGUGGGGCAGGGCGCGGGGGCAGGGCCUCCGUUCCGCACCAGGCGCGCGCAGGGUGGCUCAGCGCACGGGCGCCCGCACGGGAGAAGAGCGCGGCACCGGGGCGGGCUGCGUCCGCCCGCCGCCCCGCAACGGGCGCGCGCGUAGUUUUUUGGCAGGCGCGCGAGCCGCCAAGCAGUGCGACCUGCCCCUCCGUGCCUGCGCACGGAAUCCCAAGCGUAGCGCAGGGGCAACCAGCCCCACAACGAGCCAGCUGCGCCCUGCGGGGCUUUCGGUGGGGUAGGCGGCGAGGCGCGGCCGCACUCGCGCGAAGAAGGGGCCCCAGGGGGCGGGGCCGGGCGAACCAAGUGGGGCCGCUAGGUCCGGGGGGGAGCAGCGGCUGCCCCACCUGCGCCGGCCGGCCGGCCCGGCCCAUUUUGCCUUUUGAAGGAUUCGGCCGCGGGCCUCAAAAUUGCCCGCGGGGCCGCCGGCCCAAAGCUUUGCCGCCUUUUCACGCCUCUCGGCACCCGGCGGCAAGAGUCCGCCCUUGGGAGAUAGGGCCGCGGGCGAGUCUGCGGCCGCUUUCCCGGCGCCUAUAGACUCCGCGCGGCCCGCCGCCUCCAAGGCGGCGCCCUUCAUCAGCCGGCUCUUGGCGGCAUUGGCGCGAUGGGAGGAUAGGGCCGGGCCCGCGGUGGACCUUGCCGGGGGUCCGGGGUGCUUCACUCGCAGCUUUGCCGCCCUGCCCGCCCACGGCGGAGUGCGCGGGCCUUUCGCAGCUCCGGGGCCCCGCGGCCGGUCUUGGCCCCGCCAAGGAGCCCCGCUCCCCAAACCCGGCGGCCUUCUUAGGCGGCGGCACGCGCGCGCGUUCGCACUUGCCCGGGCGGCGUGCUUGUCCGCUUCGCGUUUUCUCCUUGGUGGCAUGGCGCAUGCAGCAAAGCGGCAGCGCUGCUCGCGCUCCGCGGCUCCUCGGUGGGAUGUGCGGGCGCCGCCGCGCGCACCCUGCGGGCCAGGGCGCCGCGCCUUUGGCCCCGCCCGCGGGCGCGCAUAGAUAUGGCUCCGCGCCCAAUGGCGCAACCUCCGCCGCGGGCGCCGCGCGCACCCCCUUCGCGGGAGGCCGCCGCGGGGACGUAGGCAAACCGAGCGGGGCCCCUCGGGGGCCCGAGGCCCAGCAGGCAAAAACGGAGAACCCAGGGUAUGCGGCCGGUUGGGAAACACGCGCGGCAGCCGAAAUGCAGCCCGGCCAAGUGUGCCGGCUCAAAUUCGGGACGGCCGGGCAAGGGCCCCAUCGCCUCCGGAUCUGUUGGAGGGCCCGCAAAAAGCCGCGGCGCCAUUUGCGAAGGGCGAACGGGUGGCGCGCGGGUGGCUCCCGCAAUAAGCCGGGGCGCACACAGCGGCGCAGGGACACCCUGCGCAGAGGCCCUCGCGCGGGGUGCGGGGGUGCGCCUCUUGGCCGCAGGGCGAUCGCGCUGCAGCGGCAUUGUGCAGCGUGCGGCGCCCGCUGCAGCGCCCGCCCCUUAGUCCUGUUCUUUGCGGGGGCCCUUUUCUUUCCGGCUUCGGGCCCUUUCCAAGCCUUCGCCGGUUCUGGGGGCUUGGCAAAAAAUUCGCCGAGGGCCAUCGCCUAGGCGUUUGCGCACCCUUUGCGCGGCGGGGGGCCCUCGCGCGUUUCUUUGGAGGUCGCUAAGGAGGAAAUCCCCAGACCAUAACCGUGCGGGGGUCCACAAGAAUGAGCCCGCGGCGGUAGCUGCAGCAAAGUAGCGCCGGAGGCGCGCGGCGUCAUGCCGGCUUUCGAAUUUCCCGAGCUGGGCCAUUCAUCUCGCGCCCGGAGCCGGUUGGCUUUGCAGCGCGAGCACAGUGCUGCGCUUUUGCGCCCUUUAUUCCCGCGCCUUCUGUGUUGCGAAGGCGAAACGAAAACGCACACGGGAACGUGCUACAGCCCUCAGAAGGUGGCGCUGCCCUCUCCUGUCGCCAGCCGGCUGUUGCCUUUUCCUGUCGCCGGGGUGUUUGUUGCCAGGGCUCCGGCCUCUGAGUAGCACUGCCAGAAAAGUGCGCGGAAGCAUUAGAAUCAGUAGUGUCGCCCAUGUAGAAACUGCGCGACUUUGCAAGCGAUUCGAGCCUCGGGGGGCAGGCCACUUUCCAAUAUGAAAACUGUAUUCCGAGUAUAGUCGCACGGCUAGUAUCCACGGCAAAAGUUGCGCCUUCGUGUGCGUACCUAUUAACAAAUCUUCCCGAGAGGGACGUGGAACGAGGUCACAGGGAACUCGUUCUAUUUCUCAGGCGGCGUGAAAGUUUGAACAGUCUGCAUGACUUGCUACGCAGUUUGUACGUAACUACCCAUUUUGCAAGUAGCGACGCGCGUACCUGUGCCGUGUAUCAUGUCCUCCGCAAUGCCCUCGACCGGUAAUGGCGCUUUGGACACGAGUGCAGCUGGCGAUCAGCGAGGUCUAUCCUGUGCAAGAAGCACCACAAACAAAAAUAAUUGAAAGCAGGCACAUCGUACUCCAUCUGAAACUUCACACGUUCAAAGCUUCUGCGUUAGUCGUUUGCCUAUCGGCGCCGGCACUUUUUUCUAUUCUUCCAGGCGAAGGAAUGAGUUGAUCUAGGGAAGACUGCGAGCUUUUUUCCAGCGGAUUUGAGUUGUUUGUAAUUCGCAUUCUGGCGGUGGUGACUCGCUAGCUUCUUGUAAAGAAAGAAAUAAUUGGCGACGAGAAGCCGCGAGCAGUAGCACUUCCUGGAUCUGUGCAACGAGAAGCUGCGGAGCCAAUAGAGCUGUUUGGUGUGCUGCUGUCACUGUGGCGUGCUUUUUACUCAGGAUGGCGGCGCCCUGAAGGUUUCGGCAGCGUAAUCCAGCAUUCGGCAGCGACGUCUGCGAAGGGGUGCAGUCAGCACCGUACGUUUCAACAAAGCAAUUUUGCCAAUAGCGCGAGCAGUAGCCCUUUUCCCGGGGUCGGCGCCGUAUUCGGCAGCAACACCCCACUUGCCGACCACUUUUUGGCGGCUACGUCACUUGGUAGUAGCACAAGCAGCGGUAUCGUGAUAAAAAAUCUUCCAUCUCAUACUCGAAGCGCAAUGUGUGUAGCAUUACCUGCGUCGUUGAAAAAAUGCGGCCUCAAUGGGCGUGAUUCGUCUCCGGGAAAGACGAGUGCCGUUUUACCUCGGAGUAUGGGGAAAGGGAUUUUUUCCUUGUGAUGCGCACAGGGUCGGCCGUGGAGAACCACCUGUUUGCACCUGUGCGAGGUUAUCCAGGAGAAAGCGCAUCGAUACCAGUACCGCACACGACACUUGCGCUCUCCUUUGUUUUGAUUUGAAGUAGCUUCGUCACUUUUUGUCUGUUCUGUGCCUCCAUUCGCCGCCCGCGUUUACGCCCGCGCGACGUGCCCCAAAUAACCAAGUAGCCAUAUUGAUAAUUCCAGCGAAGCGCGAUCAUUUUUGAGGCGCUUGGAGUUUCGCGACGCUUUUCUUUUUGCGGGGCUUUGUUAGAUAAGCCCACGUGUUCAGGCAGUCAGAUAGAACCCACAGCGAGGAUGCCACUUUGUAUAGGUGUGGAAUGCUUGCCCGGCAAAAAGUACCGUCGCCGAUCAAGCGGCUGUAUUGCAGUGGCUUUUGCCUUUCGCGCGGCCGUUCUGCGUGCCGAUAUCGGCGGCGCCACUAUUUAUCGGCGCGGGCAACGCGUUUGGCAACGCACCACGCAAGCUGACCAAAAGCCGGGAACGGUUAGGCAAGCUAGCCGCGUGCCCAUUAGUUUGCUGAUGGUCAUGAUCACGGGGGCGCAGCCCUCUAUGCCACGGGUGCGGGAUGUUCCUUCGGCAAACGCGCCCCCAAUUCUAUGCAAUUACUGGCGCCAGACAAGUAGUGGGGCGCCUUGCUACCACUUACGCCAGACGCGAGUGUGGUGCAGGAUGCGGCUGGGGAAAAUGCCCGGCACUGGGCGAAGCGGGGGCCACGCCCGUAGUGCUAAAAAACUAGCAGAGGCGAGAACAAACUACCCACCUCGGCGAGGGCGAUAGCUUGGGCGCGAGUCGUGGCGACUUAGAUAGCAAGGCGAACGACCCAGGACGCAGCCGCCCUGGGAGUGAGCUUCGUGGGGCUCCCGUUAAGGGCCGCCGUCCCGCGGCGAAUCUGAGUGGCCAUUGACCCCUUCAGCCGCCAAUGGUCCACCCGCGUGCGCGUCCGCGCGCCCCCUGCGAUGCCGGCGACGAUGCGACGUAUCCCCUAUCGGCGUAACUGGCAGCGCCAGCGCCGUCUGCGAGUUAGUAUAGCACGCCGAAGCACUCCUGUGCCAUCGCGCCAGUUCCAGACAGCACACGCAAAAAGAAAGAAGCGCGCCGCACGGGAUCACCGACCGGCAGACGGGGGGGCGGCGGGGCCCGGCGGCGCUGCCUCGAACCGCCCAACAUUGCAGCAGGCCGCGAAGUCGGGCCAGCAGAUGCGGAGUCACCGGGGCCCGGCGGAUCCACAUGGGGUGCAGGCCGGUCCGGUAGCUGCGGAGGAGCGGCGACUCUGCUUCGACCGGCCCGGCUUUGCAACUGCAAUUCAGGCCGGCAGGCGUGGGGCCGGAAAGCUCCAAGGUGAUUCGGAGAAUUAGACCUAGAGCGAAGCUCACAGCUGAAUCUGAAACUCCGGCGCGAGGCUGACUCUGGAACUCUAAGUGACGGCUGAGCUGUUUAAUCCAUGGCAGUUGGUCACAAGGAUAAGACUUACACACGGACGCCCGACCUUGACCUUAAGCCUUCGCACUACACAUAUGCUCUGGAUCAUGGUAUGGGUGUGCUUUUCGCUUAGAUGGAGGUGUGGGCGGUGGGUGCGGGUCGGUGCAGGGCGGGGGCACGAAUCGAGGCAGCCACCGCAGCAGCGCAGGACCACUCGGACAAGGGGGAUCUUUAUCGGAUCCGAAUGCAGUAAAUGUGUUAUCACGAGGAGAAGUGCCGCCUUGAUGUCAGAAGCAGGCUGCUUGCGCCGCUGCAUUUGUGGCCAUAAAUGGUUUUGCAUUGUAUGUGGGAAAACGGGAGCUGUGCCGCAGAGUGCUGUCAGGCCCAUGUUGAUAAGCCGACGCGACAGCUAGACUGAUAAAACUAGUACUUGGGUGGCGAUCUUUUCGCGGUUCAGUUUUGGGUGCCAAGAUGAAUUGCGGUGGCUACAAAUCGCGCAUUACAGCUCUACCCCUGAGUAUUUGGCUCCGGCUUUUUUCAUCCGUGCGAUAGGCGUUUUCGGAUUUCGGGCAGCCGAGCACAGCGAGUUCCUCCGCCACUGGUCCGCUCUGCAACGGACCUGCGUAUGGUUGUCACCGCGCCCGGGGAGACCCCGGAACUUUUUCGCACCGCCGCGACCUACCAGAGUGAACAAUACCAGCAAGAACCUCAUCAGUCGAGGAAGGCUUUACAGCGUGAUUUGUGUGUGUGUGUAGCAACUGGUCCAGCAUACGAGUGGAAAUCCGCAAGAGCAAAACCGGAAAAGUUGGACCUGCGGAUCGGAUUAUCCAGUAAACCUUUCUCAAGUAAACGCUGGCCGAUGUGAGUCAGGGUGCGUCACAAGCACUCAAUUCAUUCGCUCACACUACUUAAGCGGGCCGCCAUUUGGCAGAUUUGUUGCGAACUUAGUAUACCGAAGAAGGUGGUGUUUUUCUGCCUUGAUGCGAGACACGUGAACGCAAAUCACGCGAGUGAGGUCUUUUCGAGUGCGUGGGGACGGAGGGAUCGAUUUUCUUUUCGAUACAACCACCAGCGUCCCUACGAGCGGACCAUCUGCCGGCUCGAUCCGCGCACGCUAGCCGCACCGACGGGCGGUCUAUCGCAAGAUGAAACAUACCCACCCCAGAGCCGUCACGCACUUCUUGCAUGUGCCGCAAGUAUUUGAUGAGGCACGUAACUCGCGCAGACAUGACAAAAAGGCGCGCAAUACUUUGGGAAAAACUGCGAUACAGAAAAAAACUUGAAACUUUGAAGAUCCGUUGAGACUAGCACUCUUGGAAGCAGGGCUGCAAUGGGAUUCGCAGUCAAGUAUAUGCCGCACCGGGCAGCUGCAGCAGGUAAGUAGGUGGCCGAGGUUGUGAAAGAGCUUGCGACCCGGCUGCAGCGACAACGGGCGUGGAAGGUCCUGCUUCAGAUUCCGCAACCACUGCGCGUCUCCCGCGUUUCGGAUCUUUCCCGGGCGCCCUUCCAGUUUUACUGUUUUAGUGCGCUGCAUUGAUUUUCCCAUGUGGCUAACUAGGCACUAAGCAAGGGCGUGGGUGCAACUAUUUUAGAACCCAGCGCGUGGUGAUUUGGGCUAGGCUGACGAGGAGGCUUCUGCAGCGCACUCCGGUGGGGCCUGGCCGCCUUAUUGCAGCACUAAAGGCCAAGCACCUUCGCAAAAAUAUAUCUGCUGCGUGAAGGCUACAAAAGUCCGCGCUUUUUGUGUCGAGUACCCUUCCGAGCACCUCCGCAGCUCUGCUGUGUCCGAAUUCUCAAAAAUCAAGGAAAUACCCUGUGCAUCGACCUAGCCCCAAUUGUUAACAUUUCUGAGGCAGCAGAGCAGAGCACUCGGGCGAUCUGCCGCUUCCCAGUUUUCAAAUAUGCCACGCCGCAUUUUUCGGAAUUUGCGAAAAAGUGCGCGCUCUGCAUCAGCAUCGGUGCUGCGCGGUGGGAUCAUGUGGCAGCUGGCGCCAGAUCUGACGCGGACAGAGCACGCGGGCAGCUGCUCGGGACUAUUUGAGCCGGCUCCUUUAGCAAGAAGCGAGAAGCGCUGCGCCUUGGGGUUUUUCGCUAGAUGCGUUGCUAUAACUACUUUGGUGAUGCAGGCUCGCCGGGGUUUCUGGUUCUGCUCUCUACGCUAGCUAGGUGGUUGGCUUUGUUGGUCAAAGUCCCGGCGUGCGAUUCGGCCGGGAGGUGAUUAGGUCGCCCAGAUAUACACUUGCCGCCAGCGCUUUGGUCGUCUAGGCCGCCGCCCUUCGUAGAGCCUGUUUGUGGCUAACGGCUUUGCGACCGAACCGAAAAAAACAAAACCGCAGCCGCAACACUGCCGCGGCGUGAAGCGUGUCGCAAAGUACGCCACGGCCCUUUGGCGACAAAUCACAAAAGGGGCGCAGCAGGGCGCCCAGAAAACAGCACAAAGCGACAGCACUGGCGCUGCCGCGGCUUUCCAAGCCCAGCAACUACCUAUGCAGGCUAGAACGAAGCGGCAUGGGCGCCGAAGAAUGCCGCGGGGCCGAUCGGGAACGGCCGGGGGAGUUGGGUCGAACUGAUUGCAAGCGCCAGGGCAUUUACUUAGGCAAUAGCUUGCAAAUGUUCAGGGCAUUCGUCUAGUUUUCGCCAGACCCGGCCUGGUUUGAGAUGGUUUUCCGGGCUUCGCCUUACUGUUUUCAGGCAUUCAGCUUAACCGCAAGGCAAGGAAGCGGGCCCGCCCCCUACAAAUGCCCUCGAUUUUGUUCGUCGGAUACUGAUGGGCAUCUUCUCCGCGAGAAAGCCCGAGCGCCUUUAAAGUACUGGCCUCGCUGGCACAGGGAGUCGCAAUUCGAAAAAGGCGCAGGAGCUCGCGCGGUGAAUCAAGGGGCGCGGCCGCGCAUUCUUUUCCAGCGCUCCCAAACUUGCCCUGCGCAGCUCGCUCUAAAAUCGCGCGCUGUUUCCGUUUAAGUUAUGGGCUAGAUAGAUACGAGCGGCGCUGCCCGCUGCUCUUACUUAAGUCGGCAAACAUUCCGAGCACUGCGCUACUCGUCGCGCUUCUAUUUGUCUCUUUACUCUUUCGCCCUGUUUCCCCCCCCCCCCGUUAUCGUUUCUGCUUUGUUUGGUGCUUUGCUCUCCUGUUGCUCAUUCCCUUUUCUCUUUAGGGGACAAGGCGCGGAGUUAGCGAUCUCCUCCAGGGCCCCCCAUGCGUAACGUUCCUCAACUCCGGCCCCGUUCGCUUUCACCUCGGCCCCCCGACCCGCAGAGCCCGCUUCCAAGUGGGACUCUUUUGCAGAAGUGAAAGGCCCCGGGCCUCGGCCGAUUAGUUCUCGGAACCUUCAGAAAGGCGCUGAAGUUUCCUGGAGCCUGCUCGCAAUCCGGGGCGGCGUCUAUCAGUCCAAAUCCCAGCGGGCAAUCGACUUGCAGACCGCCCCACUCGGUCGGCCCGUGAUCGAGGUCGCCGGUGAAGCUCGAGGCGUUAAACAAUUCGCGAGCCUCAGCGCCGCGCGCUUUCGGUUCUCACUCGGACUAUCUCGGCCCGGAUCGAGGUCGCCGAAGGCCGAAAAGUUAAUGAGUCCUCCGGCCUCGGACGGAAACUCUCGAGUCGGAUCCAAGUCGGCCGAGGGUUGAGCGAGGUGCAGGAAGCUUCCGACCCCUCUCCUUAACCGGACCCCUCUCCUAGAGGAGGCGGCCCGGUCUUGGGACAAUUGCGGCCGUUCGAAAGUUCUCUAGGCUUUGAGCCGCGCCACGAUCUCGCUUCCCGAGGGGUGAGAGGCCAGGACCAAGUUCCCACCCUCGCGAAAGUCGCGCCGAAGAGCGGGACCGCACGCCCGCAGGCCUUGGAAGCAUUCCGCCGCGGGGCGAAAUUUUCUUUCCUUGCCCAGUGAGCCGCUUUACCGCCAUUAUUAUGCGUCUACGAAUCUAGAGCCGUCGCGCUCGCGGCUGUGUAUUGCCCUGGGCCCCCAGGCCUUCGCCUCACUUAAAAGUAUGCCGGGAGAAGCGUUAGCCUGCGACGCCGAGAGCUUUCGCCACUGCAAGGCCCCAGGGCUUGGCAGUGGAGAACAGCAGGCCGAAGAAUCUCCCGCGUGGCGUUCUUGCCUCAAUUCCCAAAGGGCGCGCGCCUUCCGUUCUUUCUAUUUUUGCACAUUACGGGGGUGCGCGGAAAGUCAAAGUGUGCCGGCCAAGUUUUAGAAAGAACCCUGCGAGCCCCCAAAAAACCCUCAGCCAUUUUUUAGGGCUCUGAAUGCCAACAGGGGCGGGCUGCCCUUAGAUCUCCGGCGCAUAUAGCUUCGAGGCCUGGUUCGAGUGGCUGCGUUUGUGCUUAAUUAUCUUUAGAAGCUUUGCCUUGCAGCAUCUUUGUAGGCUCGAAGCCCCUCCGUCUGUCCAGCUUUUGAAGAAAACGCUGCGGGCAAAGGCGCAGAACAUGUUCGCGCUGAACCUCCCAAAAACGUGAGCGGAUUGCUUGCUCGCGUUUAGUAAAAGGCCGCGAAUGUUGAUAGUCGCACUCUUCGGAGUCCGGUCCUUCGGGACAUAGCGGCUACAGCUUGGCAGCUGAUACCGGAAACGUCGGGCCCCCACGCGGGUCCGCGCUUUAAACGAGAGAGAGUCUCUCCCUCGCGUUUUAGCAUCAGGCUGUGCGUCGAAAGUAGGCUGAUGGAUUGAAUUGGAGUGGCUGGCGUCUUGGUUUCGGGGCAGGGACGGCUUUAUGCACGAUUUGGUCCAGCGUUGCCCUACAUUAGACGGGACGUCCCGCUACUGGCGGCCCCGGGUGGGCUGCCGCAGUCCCGUUGUCCGAGCGCACCGAAUGGCUUGCCCCGCGGUUUGAUGUACGGCACGGUGACGCGACAAACUCUACCCGUCGGCCGUGAUGUCACGCAUUUCGUUAGCCGCCGAGCGCGACCGGUUUUGCCACCGCCGCCGGAUAUUCUGCCGCCCCCGCCGAAGGUCAGCCGGGAGACGCAGUCGGUAGACCUCAAGGACCGCCCAAGUGCUGGCACGGCCUCUGGGGUUACUGCUAUUCCCGCAGCAGAGACCAGUCAAACCACGUUCCAGCAGCCGCCCUGCCAGCCUAUCGGUCACAAAGACGUCGCGAUGUCGGGCACCGCUUGGCUUUUGGCGAUGGGGGCCGGUGCUUCCGCGGCAGCGGAAACGGGAAGAGUAGGAGGCGCCUCAUGUAGUUCCGCGUCUACGAGCACAACUGCGGUACGGGUGGAAGAGGUGGCACCUUUUGGAAAAGAGAAGCCCGCGAAUCAACAAGGCGCCGACGAUGAAGUGGCCGGCGCGGUGCUUUCCGCAGUUUCGUGUUGCAGGGGAAGCAGAGAGCCAGAAGGGGUUGCGAAUAAAUCUGCUAUGUCCCCGGAACUGAUGUCGCCCCCGCCACUGAUGGAGGUCUUUUCGAAUUUGGAGAAGAUGAGAGCCGGGAUUUCGCCACUGCCGCCCUCAACAACCGAUGAUCACAGCCCGGAGGAAGGUCCUUACUUAAUAUCUUUUACUGUGCUCCUGAGAAAGCACACCAGAAGGUGGCAUUGUUUUGCCAUGCAUGCCGUACGAUCGACUCUAUUACUACGAUUGGUUUCGGUUCCCAUACAGCGCUAACGCAGCAAACGGAGAAAAAACCGCUUCUCAAUUAUAUAACAAAGAAAAGCAAAAACGUCUCAACACAUACACAGAGAAGAGAGACAGCUCGCUUCAUCAAAUCUGCAUUUUGCAUUUGCUGCAGCAGAAAGCAGAGAUCUUUUUUGCAAAUGGAGCCGCUAUGUGGCAGUUCACGUUCUUGCAAGGGGGAUGGAUAGCGAACCCGCUUCCCGUCGCGUGUUCUGGGGUAGGCCGUACUCCUGGCGCUUUUCUAGUGUUGAACCAAGAUGCCAGCGCGCUGCCCACUAUCACUAGCAGCCAAAAGCAAGCCAGGAGAUGCAUCAAUCCAAAAGCGCAUCGAUGCAGCACAACCGAAACUGGGCGCGCGCAAAAACUACAUAGAAUCCCUGCCGCGCACAGAAAUCGCACAAAAACACAAGGGCGCGCUGUCUUAAUUUCUGCAACAAGCCGAAAAGCAGCAAAGCGAACGAGCCUGCAAAAACAUAAGCAAUACGGGCGGGGCAUGCGGGCGAAACAGUUCCAAGCCGAGACGCCGCCAGGGGGGCGCUCGGCAAAGCAAGUCACCAAGCGCCUUGCGGCGGCGAAGGCAAGAAAGGCGCGUAGCUCUUUGGCUUUGGGAAAAGCAGACAGCGUUGCCGCGACUUUUGGCACACCGGCCUACGCCGCAGCGCCAAAAUUAACAGUCUGCGCGCAGAGGGAAGCACGGCGCCGCAAGCUUAUUUGUAGCGAAGCAAAAGUAUUCCGCUGGCCCUGACGCUACGAAAGGGCGGCGCAUCCGAAGAGCGCAAGCACGCUCGAAGCCGCAGGCCCCGCGAGCACUGCGCUGACGCGGUGGCCUCAAUCAAGCAGGAAAGCGCGCGGCGUAGUUCUUCUGCAGCCGAUGCGCCCGGUGCGAAGGGGGCGGGGGAGGUGCUUGCAACUUUCUGGUGGAAGAGCCGCCGCCGGAUCGCGCAGCGCAGCGACGCCGCCGCGCGAUCUGGGGAUUGCGCGAGGGGCGCAAAAUCAAGGGGCGCGGUAGCUGACGGCGGCGCGCUGGGCAAGGGGCCAAUAGGAGCCAGGUUCGUGCCGGCGAACGUUCUAGGCUGGCGCCUUUUUUUCCACCGACUGCGAAAAACGGCCAUCGACCAGCAGGUGGCCAGAUGCGUUUCUGACAUGAAAACCCCCCGGCCCCAAGCGCACGCGGCUCAAGCUUUGCCGCCAAUGGGCAGGCCCGCCGCAAUCGAAUGCGGCCGGUCCUCCGGGAAAAAAUGGCGCAAGGAAGCCGGCAAAAGUGGCGCCCUUGUAGGUUGGCCACCUGCUGAGAUUUGGGCGACUUCGGGCAUCUAGAGUGGGGCGCCACAUAAUCGUCAACGAAGCAAAGGCCGCGUGUCCGGAUGGUGUUCGCGCCAUUUCCGCCAACAUCGGCAGACCGAAAAAGCUGCCCCCUUGGCUGGCUAGGAGCUCUUGAGGCUGCGAGCGGCGUUGUGGGGUUGCGCCUUCUGCAAAAAAGCAUGCAACAAAGCGAGAGGCGCGCGCCGUGCUAUGGCCCCGAUUGUGGGCGACCAAUUUGUCGGCCCCGGCGGGUGGGCGGAAGGCCGGGCCACAUCUUGCUCUUUUUCUGGGCCCAAAGGCUUACUAUGUAUCUUUGGCCGCGAUUUUCGAUUCGCGCCGUACCAUUUUGCGGACAGCAUCGGGCGCGUCGGCGGGAAGCACACAAAAUAUGGCACGCGCUAAGCCCAUCGCCCGCAGUGUGUCGGGAGCGGCGAUAAGAAAGUGCUGCGGCUCCACUGCCCCGACGGGACGGGUAUUGUCGGCGCAGGAGUCGCGUAGCUGCGCCGCGAAGGCCGCGAGCGGUUUCAGAGCCGACUUCUACUUACACACUUUUCGCAUGUUCGGCCGUGCGACUUUUGGUCUGCCGUAUGUGCGAAAGCACUCCAAUUCGAUGCCGAGAAAUGAGGAGUCUAUAAAGCAAAAAUCGCUGCACUGAAGCACAACCGACACCGCUACUAAAAGUGAUG